AUGGCGAACCCGCAACCCCCUGUCGUCAUCAUUAUCGACGACGACGAUGCUCUCAUCCCUCAUCCACGAGAUCCGGUCCCUCAAGCUCCUCCUCCCCAACACCCCCCGCAAGCUCCUCCCAUCCAAGGCAUCUCAAUUAUUGAAGCCAUUGACCAGACUGGAUAUAGUGCUGGGCGCCCCCCGAUGUCCUUGAAGAUCAGGGGUGUUUGUAGUGUUGAGCUAACCUUCUUUGGCCGCGGGAUUGGAGGUUCUUAUACGCCUCUAAGGCCGGCCAAAGAGUCAUCAUCUAGGUUUUCCUCUUAUCAGCCUUAUGCUGUAGCAAUUGGUCAGACAUCUUGCCGAGAGAACCUAGCCCCCCGAUGUCUAUCCUCUUUUACGGAAGGAUAUCUAACACGUGCUGAACUCACAAUUUUUAUCGACCUCGCACAAAUGAUGCACGACGUCGAGGAAGGCCCCAAUGUCCCAUAUCAACUCAAACACUGGAGACACUUCUGGGAACAGAAUGCAUUCAAGAACUGGGAUACCACGUCGGGGAAUACUGACGACCUGCCGCUUCGGCCCGUUACUCUACAAGAGAAUCGAGUCAGGGUCGGCAAGCUCAAGGUCAACCACCCACCAAGUCUCGAAUUUCCUAAUCCACCUGGCCCGGCGCGACUUUCUGGCUGCCCCAUCUAUAUGAGCGUGUCUCCUGCCACCAAAGACCAGCUCAUUCAACUCAUCUGGAAAGACGAGAACGGAAAGUUCAUCAAUCCUCGCUAUGUGGAAAUGGAUAUGCCAGUAGGAACCUGCAUCGAUCUUGCCGUCCUCAAGUUCGACCGGACCGCCACUUCGCGAAUCCAAGAGUACAACAAGGCACGCAUCACGAAUGCUGCCCGCCGCCGGCUGAUACAUCUCGCUGCUGUAGGUACGGGAGUGGCACCAUCCGUUACUGCAGAAGGCCAAGCACCAAUCCUCGAGGUACCUGAGCUGGUCGGACACCGUGUUGCGGAGACAGCAAACAUCUAG